AUGAAUAUACCCUACAAAUGGCCCACAAGCCAAAAAGGGACCCACCGGUCCUCCUCCCCCCUGGGGAGCUCGCUGGCCAGCACCGCACAGGGCCCACCGGUCCUCCUCCCCCCUGGGGAGCUCGCUGGCCAGCAACACACAGGAUCCACCGGUCCUCCUCCCCCCUGGGGAGCUCGCUGGCCAGCACCGCACAGGACCCACCGGUCCUCCUCCCCCCUGGGGAGCUCGCUGGCCAGCACCGCACAAGACCCACCGGUCCUCCUCCCCACUGGGGAUCUCGCUGGCCAGCACCGCACAGGACCCACCGGUCCUCCUCCCCCGGUGGGUCCUCCUCCCCCCUGGGGAGCUCGCUGGCCAGCACCGCACAGGACCCACCGGUCCUCCUCCCCCCUGGGGAACUCGCUGGCCAGCACCGCACAGGACCCACCGGUCCUCCUCCCCCCUGGGGAGCUCGCUGGCCAGCACCGCACAGGACCCACCGGUCCUCCUCCCCCCUGGGGAGCUCGCUGGCCAGCACCGCACAGGACCCACCGGUCCUCCUCCCCCCUGGGGAGCUCGCUGGCCAGCACCGCACAGGACCCACCGGUCCUCCUCCCCACUGGGGAUCUCGCUGGCCAGCACCGCAUAGGACCCACAGGUCCUCCUCCCCCCUGGGGAGCUCGCUGGCCAGCACCGCACAGGACCCACCGGUCCUCCUCCCCCCCGGGGAGCUCGCUGGCCAGCACCGCACAGGACCCACCGGUCUUUCUCCCCCCUGGGGAGCUCGCUGGCCAGCACCGCACAGGACCCACCGGUCCUCCUCCCCCCUGGGGAGCUCGCUGGCCAGCACCGCACAGGACCCACCGGUCCUCCUCCCCCCUGGGGAGCUCGCUGGCCAGCACCGCACAGGACCCACCGGUCCUCCUCCCCCCUGGGGAGCUCGCUGGCCAGCACCGCACGGGAGCGCAUGGGGUUGUGCCAAUUGUUUGCCGCAGUCUUUCUUCGCCGAUGGUCUCUCAUGGCGACCCAAAGCUAUGGUGCCUUGCGUACCCCAACAUCACAGCCACGCGUCUCCCCACUCUGUUCCGCACCCUGUUCAAUGCAGACAACGUUGACGCUGCUGCGCCUGAACCUGAUCCCGGCCCGUCAUGCAGCUCUCGCCCUAUGACGGGUCUGGAGUUUCUGAAAGGCGUAACAAAUUAG